AUGCCGACUUCAGUACCGGCUGCGCCUGCCGCCUGCCCUCCUAAUCGUCAAAAACCUGCUCGGACGCGCACGAAAAAACGUGUGGUCAAGCUUGAUGAACAGCACGGCAUUGCCGCGGCGCGAAUUUUCAUGGACGAGAUUGGGUGCCUUGUAUCCCCCGUCUUUGAGUCUCCAGUGUGCACGCAGUGCGGUCAUGUCCUGAGAGGCAGGGUGACGCAUCAUCUGUUCAAAAAGCACCAUGUGCGGUGCAGCCAAGAAGAUAUUGAUGCAGCCAUGGCACUCCUGCGCCCGCUGCAGCCCGAGGAGCCACCGAUCGACCUUGGGGCAGAAUCUGAGCCUCGUAUGCCCAUUGAAGGCAUCCCCAUUCUGGACGGUGUGGGGUGCCCCCUGUGUCAGGCAUGCUUCACGACAAAAGGCAGUCUGUGGAAUCACAUCGUAGCUGAGCAUCCCGACGAACCAGAGGCCAAGCAGCCGCCUCGACGAGUCAAGCUGCAAAAGCCGCUGCGCGGUGCUGGAGCCCGCUGUGUCGAGGUCAUUGUCGAAGAAAGCCACGACGCCUCGGCAGCCGAUGUCAGCGAAAACGAAGAGGAGCUCGAGGAGCAGCAGCGGUUCAAGCAGUUUAUCUCAAGCGCCCAGGCCAUGGCCUCAGAGGCCGAGGAGAAGCGCUGCCCGCACGGCGUUCACCAGAUGCAUCCGUUCUACGACAGCGUGGGCAUGACGCUGGUCAUCAACGAGCUGAAGCCAGAGCGUAUGGUCGAACUGGGCCACAACACACCGUCGGCACUCCUCGAGUCGGGCAUGCAUGAGCUAUUCUGGACGGCCUACGAGCAGCUCUCGGAUCAGGGCCUGGCCGCCGCUGCGGUGACGCGUCUGUUUGACGACAAUGAAGGGCAGUAUCGGCAUCGCCCCAUGCGGCAAGUACAGCCGCAAACCGUCAGCAGCCAGCGCAUGAGCAUGGCACGAACAGCGAGCGUGGCCGAGGGGCAGGCUGGAGUCGACGUCGAUAUCCGAGCCGAUGGCGACGUGACGGACGAGACGCUGCGCACCAUUGUCUGUCGAGGCAUUGAGCUCAAUGUGGAGGAGCUCGGGGCCGCAUUGGAGCAGAUGCGCAAAGACAUGACGGAAAUAUUGGACAAGCAACUCUUGCUGGACUCACGCCUGCGGAAAGAUUACGAGAAAGAAUAUGAGCGGCUGCGAUUGAAGGAGGAUCGGACCAACAGGGUCAAGAACUGGUGGGUGGGCCAUGGCAGUCCAGCCGAGAACGUGCUGUUUGAUCACAUUGGCCAGACCCCGAGUCUGCGGCAAGAGUUUAUCCAAACGGAGCAUGGGCCCGGUGGCGAGCUGACCUUUCGAGAGGACAGGGUGCGGACAUGGCUCCUAUAUGUGUGCAGGUUCAACGAGCUAGCACUCACCUACACGCACAUUGCCGGAGAUCGCAAGCGCAGCAUAGCCGAGUUGACCGCGAACCAAGAAGCAUUGGAAGCUCGCUAUCCCAUCAGCUGGAACCCGGUGACUGACCUCUCACCCGAGGCAAACGGGCGUAUCAUCAUGAACACGAGGGCCGAGCAUGACGUACCCUACAUGACCCAGCUGGCCAAGCAGGCGAGCAUCUCGUGGGGCCACAGUUUCAACAGCCAAGAACAGUUGGACCUGGCCGCGGCCAUUGACCAGCACCGGCCGGAGGAUGGAUGGCUGAUUGUUGUUGCACCGACAGGCAUGGGCAAAACAUUUUGUACCCUGCCCAAGCUGGGCUGUCGCCCGCAUGCCGGUACGGUGCUGUGGAUUGUGCCGUUUGUGGCCGUGGCCAACGAUUUAUUGCGGCGACUUCAAGGCGCAGGUCACAGUGCCCAGCGAUGGCUUGGUCCCUCUACACAGGUGGCAGAUGGCCUGGACGUGCUCAUCGUUACGACCGACAUGUUUGUCCGCGUGGGAUCUGAAUCCCUACACGGGAAGGUCUGCUUUCAGCACAUCCGCACCGUGGUGAUGGACGAGGCGCACACCCUCAUCUCGGAUGCCAGCUACCGAGAUGUGAUGGACGAAGUCGCAGCCAGUGUGGGUUCUGGCGGAUGGACCAACAUCAAACGCGUGGCGUUGACGGGCACACUUUGCAUCGGGGACCAGGAGCAUCUGUUUCGGAAGCUGGGGCAGCAAGUCGGGGGCAAGGUGUACCGUCUGGAGACGAUGCGUCGCGAUCUGCAGCUGCGUGUGCUUCACGGAAACCAGCUAAACUUUUUGUCGCAUGUGCAAGCCAUUGUGGACACGCGGGUGAUGCGUCAGGCGAAUGGGGAGCGUGUGCACAUGAUGGUCUUUUGUGACACCGUGAACGAGGUGAAGCUGCUGUGUGACCAGCUGCACGCAUACGGCUACGUGGCCUUGCCCUACUACACCGACCUGGAGGAGAAGGCGCAAAAGGACCAUGUGGCACAGUGGCAACGGGGUGAAUGCGACGUCAUUGUGGCCACCAGCUGCCUCAGCACGGGUGUGGAUCUGCUCACCAUUCGCCACGUGUUGUGGUAUGGCAACGGCUACAACGUCUAUACGCUGGCCCAGGACACGGCUGCGGUGGCGACAAAUGCAGGGCCAAUGACGGAUGCUGCUGUGCCACGGAUACAGACGAGUGAUGCUUGGAUUGGUGAGGCAGAUACAGCAUCCAUGUCGGUGCCAGCUUCACCCAUGGUCUCUGAUGCUAAUGACGAGGCGCCUUUACAGCAAGAGGCGCGUGGCCCGGUGCAAACCACGAUGGCAGAGGACGAGAGCACGCCACAGCCAGUCAUGCAGUCAGCAGCACAGCCAACCCCCACGAAACACGCGCCAACCCCGUCGGCCUCGAUCAUUUGCGUGCCAGUACCAUCGGCCUCGGGUUCAACCUCCUCUCCGACGCGAUCGGCUGCAAGCUCAGCCUCGGGUACACUGCGGCGUAAGCGAGUGCCGCUGGCAGCUGAAAGUACAUGUACCCCUGGGUCUGACGAUCAUAACAACGUUGGCAACAGCAUCGCUACCAGCCCUGCUCCCUCAACAUCCAAGCGAACGGCAUCGGAUGUCACGUGCACAGGUGCUGCUUCUUUAACAGCGGCGCAAGCAGCAGAGUCGCGUCUUCCCGCAGCAAAACGAGCAGCAUCGAGUGAUGCGCGCACCGCCACCGUUGCCGCUACUGCUACCACUCGCUCUGAAGCCACGGUAUCUGCUGCAGCUACGCCACCGAAUCGGCACAACGUCGCGCCAAUAUUUCGGUCGAAAUCGGGGACCAAAAAAAAAUAUCUGAUGAACUACGCGGCGGCUGACAAGUUUAUUGGCGUUCUGAAGUUGAUGGAUGAUUACUGCAUGCGAUGUACCAUUCGACAGGCGAAACCCGUGCUGAAGGCUGGGCAUCAAUGCGUAUCUAAUCGUGUUUGUGAGCGGUGUCACUUCAAAGGACAUGAAGCAAGCAAAUGUUUCGUGGGCUUCGCAUACCCCGACAGAGCCUGUUGCUACGCUUGUGGAAUGCCAAAGGGGAUUCGUGGAUGUAAAACAUGGGAUCACCUUUGCAGGCAGUCUCAAGGACUGGAUUCGGGCCUGAGCUGUCUCCUCCUUUAUUCGGACUGUCAUUCGGGGCUGCGCGACCUGUCCCAGCGGAUGGGCUACAACUUGAGGGAAAGGACAUUGAAGGAUAUAAAAACGCGCGACUUGUUUGUCAAGUGGCUGUACUCGUCCGGUCCUUGUCCAUUUCCAGGGGAUGGGCAUUGGCGUCUUGUGGAAUUUGUGUUUGAAAGUGCGAGGGUCCUGCUUCCCUGUGCGGCGGAAGCCCAAGUCGGCCCCCUCGACAGUUUUCGUUAA